AUCCAGCCUUUGGUUCUGCAGCGUCCUUGAUGUUUUUUGAAGUGUUUUUUUUUCGUGGACGUUUCCCCUCAUACUUGUUAUAAUCUUCAUUUAAACUGAUGUGAUUCUAACUUAAUAGCCUCUUUCUAUCCCAUCUUUUCCUGUUAGCUGAAGCAGUGAGCCAUGGAGCUGUAUUUGGGUGAAUAUCAACAUGUGCAGCAGGAAUAUGGCGUCCAUCUGAGACUUGCAAGCGAAGAAGCCAAAAGAUCAAGGAACUCCCAGCACUCUAAGGCAGGCUCCUAUGGCGUCAGUAUUAGGGUGCAGGGAAUUGAUGGCCACCCCUACAUAGUCCUGAAUAACGCGGAGCGGUGUCUGGCAGGCGCAUCUUUUUCUGAAAACGGACCAUCAUUUCCGUCUCCAGCGGUAAAUAACCUGCCUCUGCAUUCCAGCAACCGGUCUGUGCUGGAGGAGAACGAUGCGGAGGAAUUGCAGCUCCCAGAAAACCCGUACGCCCCGCCCGGUCCAGUUAGGAACUUGAAACAAGCCACUCUGUAUGAGGGCAGGAACGGAGUUGUGGAGCAGAAAGACAGGCCAGUGAAGCCGCCUCCCGUGCUCAACUUGGAGAGACACCCAGGGCUUUUGCAGCCUUACGACCCUGAGAAGAAUGAGUUGAACUUACAAAACCACCCACCUCCCGCGGGUAAUUGGCUAAAAACAUUAACAGAAGAGGAUCCCAACGAUAAGAAGCCUUGGACUUGCUUUCCCGAACCCAGCAAUUCCCAGCCACCCACUAGCCCUGCCCUGGAAGACCCAGCAAAACCCACUGUGACAGCCAUUCGUUUAUGCAGCUCCCUCGUCACAGAUGACCCCAAGAAGCAGACGUCAGUGUGUGUAGAUGUUCAGAGCUGCACCAAGGAGGGGGCGGCCGAGGGGACGCUUUCCGCUGGUGGGAGGCUGCCUACCGCCCACGGCCCACACACCCGCCCUGAAUCCAAGAAAACCAGGCCAGACGUUCUUCCCUUCCGGCGACAAGAUUCAGCUGGCCCGGUGCUGGAUGGGUGUCGGUCACGGAGGUCCUCCUCCUCCUCGACAACCCCCACUUCGGCCAACUCCCUGUACAGAUUUUUACUUGACGAUCAGGAAGGUGCCAUCCAUGCUGACAAUGUGAAUCGUCAUGAAAAUAGAAGGUAUAUCCCCUUCUUGCCAGGAACCGGGAGGGAUAUUGACACGGGAUCCAUUCCCGGUGUGGAUCAGUUAAUUGAAAAAUUUGAUCAAAAACCCGGGCUUCCGAGAAGUGGAAGGUCUGGGAAGCGAAACAGAAUCCAUCCAGAUGAUAGGAAGAGGUCCAGAAGUGUGGAUAGUGCCUUUCCAUUUGGUCUGCAGGGGAACUCAGAGUACCUGAGUGAGUUUAGUCGCAACCUGGGUAAGUCAAGCGAACACCUCCUGCGACCAUCCCAGGUGUGCCCGCAGAAACCGCCCGCUCACGAGCACCGGGGGAAGCAGAGUGUGGGCCGAACCUUUGCGAAGCUGCAGGGGGUGACUCAGGGCGCUCAGAGUGUUGCCCCCAGGCCCCCCCAGCAGAACAAAGACAAGGACGUUCAACAAGACAAAGGCAGUCAGAGGAGGGCCUUGAUGGGUGGGUCCUCCCUCCCAGCACAGAAGAAGAAGAAGGAGGAGGAAGUCAAAACAACCACUGCAACACUGAUGUUGCAGAAUCGGGGGGUAGCGACUUCGCCUGAUUCUGGGGCCAAGAGAAUAUCAGUGACGACAUUCCCAUCCACCUCACAUCCUCAGGCCACACCGGACCUGUUAAAAGGCCAGCAAGAGCUCAGUCAACAAACCAACGAGGAGACUGCCAAGCAGAUACUUUACAAUUACCUCAAAGAAGGAAGCACUGAUAACGAUGAUUUGACCAAAAGGAAAGUCAACCUGGUCUUUGAGAAAAUCCAGACUCUAAAGUCCCGGGCAGCAGGGAGCGCACAAGGAAGCCACCAAGCUUCUAAUUCUUCAUCUGAAGUCAAAGAUCUAUUGGAACAGAAAAACAAGCUGACCACAGAAGUGGCUGAACUUCAGAGACAGCUUCAACUAGAAAUUAAGAAUCAACAGAACAUCAAAGAAGAGAGAGAGAGAAUGAGAGCCAACUUAGAAGAGCUCCGAAGCCAGCAUGAAAACAAGGUGGAGGAGAACUCUGUGCUGCAGCAGCGAUUAGAAGAAAGUGAAGGGGAACUCCGUAAAAACCUGGAGGAGCUGUUCCAGGUGAAGAUGGAACGGGAACAGCACCAGACAGAGAUCCGGGAUCUGCAGGACCAGCUCUCGGAAAUGCACGAUGAGCUGGACAGUGCCAAGCAGUCCGAGGACAGAGAGAAGGGGGCUCUGAUUGAGGAACUCUUACAGGCCAAACAGGAUCUGCAAGAUCUACUAAUCGCCAAAGAAGAGCAAGAAGACCUCUUGAAAAAGCGGGAGCGUGAACUCACUGCGCUGAAAGGCGCUUUGAAAGAGGAAGUGUCCAGCCACGACCAGGAGAUGGACAAGCUGAAGGAGCAGUACGAUGCCGAGCUGCAGGCCUUGAGGGAGAGCGUGGAAGAGGCCACCAAGAACGUUGAGGUCCUCGCCAGCCGGAGCAACACCUCAGAACAAAACCAGGUGGGGGCUGAAGAGCGGGUGAAGGCUCUGAAGGAGGAGAACGAGAGGCUGCGGGGAAGAGUCGGAGACCUGGAGCGGCACGUCGUCCAACUUCAGAGGCAGAUCCAUGACCUGGAAGGCGAGGAAGCCAAAGCAAGGGAAACGCUCAGGAAGCACGAGGAAGAAAAGCGGCAGCUAGAGGAGGCCCUUGUGCAUGCCAGAAAGGAGGAAAAGGAGGCCCUGACAGCUCGGAGGAGCCUGGAGGGUGAACUGGAAGAUGCUCAGAGAAAUCUGAGUCGGGCCACUCAGGAGCAGAAGCAGUUGUCUGAGAAGCUAAAAGAUGAGACUGAGCAGAAGGAGCAAUUAAGGAGGCUGAAGAACGAAAUGGAGAACGAGCGGUGGCACCUCGACAAGACCAUCGAGAAACUCCAGAAGGAGAUGGCUGACAUUGUCGAGGCAUCCCGCACAUCAACACUGCAGCUCCAGAACCAGCUGGAUGAGUACAAGGAGAAAAAUCGCAGGGAGCUUGCAGAAGUGCAGAGGCAGCUGAAGGAGAAAACCCUAGAGGCAGAGAAGUCCCGUCUGACAGCCAUGAAAGUUCAGGAUGAGAUGUGUCUGAUGGAGGAAGAGUUACGGGACUACCAGAGGUCUCAGGAUGAAGCUCUUACGAAAAGGCAGCUUCUGGAGCAGACACUGAAGGACCUGGAGUAUGAGCUAGAGGCCAAGAGUCACCUCAAAGAUGACCGCAGCAGACUCGUCAAACAGAUGGAGGACAAGGUGUCUCAACUGGAAAUGGAAUUGGAAGAAGAAAGAAACAACUCGGAUCUGUUGUCGGAGAGGAUCUCUCGGAGCCGGGAACAGAUUGAGCAGAUGAGGAACGAACUACUUCAGGAGAGAACCGUGAGGCAAGACUUGGAAUGCGACAAGAUUUCCCUGGAGAGACAGAACAAGGACUUGAAGAGUCGGAUCAUCCACCUGGAAGGUUCCUACAGGUCCAGCAAAGAGGGGCUGGUGGUGCAGAUGGAGGCCAGGAUCGCUGAGCUGGAGGACCGUCUGGAGAGCGAGGAGAGGGACCGGGCCAACCUUCAGCUGAGCAACCGAAGGCUGGAGCGGAAAGUGAAGGAGCUGGUGAUGCAGGUGGACGACGAGCACCUGUCACUGACAGAUCAGAAGGACCAGCUGAGCUUACGCUUGAAGGCAAUGAAGCGACAGGUGGAGGAGGCUGAGGAGGAGAUCGACAGACUGGAAAGUUCUAAAAAGAAGCUGCAGCGGGAGCUGGAGGAGCAGCUGGAUGUGAAUGAGCAGCUGCAGGGACAGCUCAACUCCAUGAAGAAGGACUUAAGACUUAAGAAGUUCCCGAGUAAAGUGCUGGACGACAUUGAUGACGAUGAUGACCUCAGCACCGAUGGGGGGAGUCUCUACGAGGCACCGCUGAGCUACACCUUCCCCAAGGACAGCACCGCCAUCAGCCAGCUCUGAGUCCACUUCUGGGGGCGGAGCGUCUGUCUGGAGAGGAGACCGUGGCCUCCUCGUCACACGAUGCGCCAUUCCUCCACGUGCUUUCCUGCCUGGGAGCCCUGAGUUAGACAGGCGGUUAGUGCCUCGUAGAAUGUUGACAAGUCUGGGAGCUAGGAGCCACUGCCCACUGGGGUGUUGGGGAAAAUGUAGUUGGUAGGGCGAUGCCUCCGUUCUGUCCAGCUGUCUGCCGCCACCUGCUCCUGCCCCCUUCUCUCCACCCUUGCCAAGAAGAAGGUCCCAAAGUGCUAGUUGCUGGUUACCAGCCAUUGUGCGGGGAGACAGGGUGUAAAUAUUUUCAACCAGACAUUCUCACGGACUGCUGCUGUUCCAUUUCGGAAGGCUGCUGAGGCUUGGUAGGGUGGUUUGUGAAGUUCACACAUCUACACUGAGUAUUACUUUUUAAAAUAUGAAGCUACUAGUUUUAAGUGUUAAGGAGCAGAGGUAAGAGAGAGAAGGUAGAAUAAAGGCCGUUCUGGAACGCAGAGUUGGAAAGAAUGAAUCGUCUCUGAGAUGAUGGAUAGUUAAUGCCGAGAAUAGAAGGGCAGGUGGUCCUGGCAGGCAGCUGGCCGACAGGGAGAGCAAGCGAGAGGUCACUGUCUUCGGGCUGCAGCGUGGCCUCGGUUGCUUGUGUUCUCUAGAACUUGUUAUAAUUUCUGCACCAGGCUCAGAUUCGUUGCUAAUCACUAAUUGCAAUUUCUUUUACGCAGGCAGGGUGAGGGGACUUGUAAGUAAGGUUUCAAACAAAUGAUGUGGUUUCUGGAAAGGUGGAGCCCCCUUGUCAUUUCUUCUGGGUCCCUCCUCCCACACCAGCCCUCCAGACUCUGCUGUCUGGGCCCUGGGUGAGGUGGUGUGGGUGAGGGCGGGGGGGCGGAGAGUAUGGGGGGCUUGGUUCAGAGGCUCAAGUGUGAGGAAGAGGCGGGGAGUAUCUAGUAAGGUCCUGGGAGAAAGGAGAGGGGGAGAAGUAAGCUGGUGUGUGGGAACGUGGGGCUGGGCGUAAGACGGAAGACAGAGAAGGUCGCGGAAGGUGGGGAGAUGUCUGGACGAGAGGAGGAUUGAGCAGGAUGUAAGAUUUGUGUCAGGGAAGGGAGGAAAGAAACAGGUCAGGUAGAGGUGUGUCUGUGCAAACUGAAAGGCUCCUGGCUUCCUAGGACAAAGGGACAUUGGCCAGCACCAGGUAUGAGGUGACUGGGAGGGGCUGGAGUCUGGGGGCAAAGCUGCAAGGCUAGGGCAGAACUACAGGGGACGCAUGGCAUUGGGAAGGUGCGGGGUGCCCCACAACCUCCUCAGGACCUACCUGGUCUCACCUUGGACCUUGAUAGUCCCUAGCCACGCCCACUCAGCAGUCCCAGCUGAGCCUCCCGGGGCAGGGCGUGGGGCAGGCGGCUCAGCAGAGCCGUGGCCAGGGAGGAGCCCUGUGUGCUGUGUGCGUCUGUCUGGGCAGAGGUGACAGUGUUCAGCUGCUUUAACAGUGUCCCCAAGUGUCCCGAUGAUGGAGGCCUGUGGACCAGAGAGCUCCAUGACAGCCACCACAGGGGACAGAGAUCUCAGUCCUUACCUGCCCGAGAGCACAAAGAGCCCACCCAACAGGACUGAGUGAUCAGCCCACUUUGAGGGCAGGUAUCACAGCACCCACAGAUGAGGGCUCUGGAGCAGGAGAGCCAAGCCUUCCUCCACCUCUGCUGGGGUCCCUUGUCACCCCUGUCAUAGCUGGGGCGUGGUGUUUGCCUCUCUUCACUUACUUGGAAUGUGGAGAGAGUUCUUUUAGCCUUUCAUUCAGUUAAAACCAAACCCAUUGCCGUCGAGUUGAUUCCGACUCCUAGUGACCCUAUAGGACAGAGUAGAACUGCCCCCUAGGGUUUCCAAGGCUGUACUCCUUACGGGGGCAGACUGCUGCAUCUGCCUCCCGUUCACUCACUUAGCAAAGGUUUACUGAGCACCUACUAUGUGUCAGGCACAAUCCUUUGCACUGAGAACACAGCAGUGUAUAAAACAGAUAACAAUUCCUCCCACCCUGGAGCUUGGCCAGGGGAAUGGGGGGUGAUAGACAAUCAUACCAGUUGACGCAGAGGCUGUACAUCCCCGUACCCGGCCCUGGAGCCCCUCUGUCCUCCUGGGGACAUGAAAAGCCUGUGGUUGGUGGCCUGGCUCUCUGGAACUCACGGGGGUUCUUCUGUUCCUUACAUGUUCUUUACUUCCCUGCCGCUUCCGCCAUCGUUAGGUAUUUGCUGAUAAGCCUGCCUGGAAAUGCCUCGGCCCUCUCAUAACUAGAGAAUUGAGACCAGAAAGGCCAGCAGGCCCAAGAACUUUGGGAAUGAGUGAGAAAAUAGCCGCCCCUCAUUCUGGCCAAUUCCU